AUGUCAGUUAAUGAUCAAAACCUUUUUAAUGACGCAUUUUCAUCCUACGAACGCCCAUUAAUUUAUUUAUGCGGAGCUCAACAAUAUCAUAUAAUAUUUAAAGAAAUUCCACCAAAUGAUUUAUUAGACGAUAAUAGUAUAGCUGCUCUGGAAAAUUACGUUAUUAUCUAUUAUCAUUUUCAAAUUGAUCUUCAAAAAACCUAUGAAGUCCAUUGUCGAAAGAUUCGGCUUUCGCAUCCAAAUAAACUUACUUAUUCUAUAUGUAUAGAGCUUCAACGGUUUGAACAACAUUGUCAAUAUAAUUUUAAAGAGCAAUUAGAAACCGAUUUGACUGAUUAUUUAACACCAAACAAAAAUUCUCAAUUAAAUUCGAAGUUCAUUGAAGGUUUUAAUAUUAUUACUGAAGAAGUUACAGGUUUACAAUCUAUAAUUUUUUCCCAAAUCGCUGAAGAUCAUCAGUUUCAAUAUGAUAGAGAGGUUUAUUUUCAAAACAUCCUUCCUUACUUAGGCUUUCAAUUCAAUAAAAGUUAUGAAGAAAGCUCAUCUGAAAUUGCUUCCGAAUUUUUUACUCCUGAUGCUUCUUAUGCUUCUAAUGAAUGCGAAAGCGAAUCUCAUAAUGUUUAUGAAGAAAGUUCUAAUAGAUGGGGGAAUAAGCCAACUAUAUUAUUGCUUGGUUUUUUGAAAGUUAAUAAGGACAAGGUUCGAAAAUUGCAAAGGCGUGGUUCUACCGCUGGUUAUGUUAGAGAAUCUCUCUGGCUGGAUGCUUCCGAUAUGUUGCAACAAAACAAACUAAAGUUUUCUGAUAAGCAAUGUGCAGUUAGAUAUAAAAAUAUUAAACAGAAUUAUAAUAAAGGUUCUAAUACUUGGAAGACAGAAAUAGAAGAGAUUAUUGAUAAAAAUUUUUGGCGGAAAAAUGAUUAA